AUGCUUGUUCGAAGGUCCUACGCAAGCAUCCCGGAAGAAGAAGGACCCGCUUUUGAUGUGGAGCCGGAACACUUUCCCGUAGCACAUGCUGCAGUCGGUUCAGUUGCACCUUUAGUUGCAUCUUUUCCUACUGCCCCUGUAUUUCCUACGUUAAGCUACCACCAUAUGUUUCCGUAUGGUCAUUACUAUCAUCCCCCUACGGCGGUUCACAAUGUUGCAAAGUCUUACGCUAAGGAAAGUGGUCAUGCCUUUGCCACAUCAGUAGUCUCUGAAAACGGAUACUUGCAUCAUGGCUUAGGACUCCACUUUCCACAUCUUGCCGAUGCCCUGACCUUAGCGCCAUGGCGCUCACGCCUGCAUAAACAGAAGGCUGCUAAGAAGGUCCUUAAAGCUGCGAGCAAAACUGUGAACAAGAAAACUCAAUAA